AUUGAACGAUUACCAUUAAAUUAUAAAUUCGCUGAAACAACAGAAGUUACGGAAGACGAACCAAAUAUUAUUCUUGGAUUAGAUGAUGAUUCAACAACAUCAAUUGAAGGUAUCGAAGUCAAACAAACAGCUGAUCAAACUGAUGUUAUUGAUUUUGAUACUGAAGCAGAAAUUGAUUGGUCUGCUAUUGAUACAGUACCAGAAUUACUUGAUCCAGCUCUUUCAUCGAAUGGGGAUCAUCCGAAUUUACUUGUUGAUGCUCUUCGAGAAGCUGCUCUAAAUGGAUCGAAUCAUCCAAUUGAUGAUGGUAUUGCGCGUGGUAAUGAUGCAUUGACAUUAUUAGAAAAUCGUGCAACAUAUACAUUAUUUAUUCAUGAACUCCAUCGACUUCAAUCAUUUUUGAAACAACGUCUCAAUGAAUAUCAUGUCAAUGAAACUAUUCUUAUGACAUUUAUCAUGCAAAAUGCGCCUACAUCAAUACAAAAGAUAAAUGAAAAUGAUUUAAAAACUUAUUUGAAAAAUGUUGAUUCGAUAUUUCAAUCAAUUAGUCAUCGACAAUUGGAUCGUUUAUUUUCGAUGCGGGAUUCCUACAAAUUUGUUGAUCGUCUUAUAAAUUGUUUUCAACAAAAGAAACUUUCAAUUGAAAGAAAUCGUUUCCAAGAAAAAGAAUUAGAAGAAAAAGCUUCAAGUUCUUUAACAGAAGAACAGCAAUUGAAAGAAAAACUCAAUCUACUAAUUUCAUACACUAAACAAUUGAAAGAACAGGUAGCGAAAGAAAUUUCUGUGAAAAAAUGUCAAAAUCGACGUAUCAAUAUAAUGGGUGAAAUCAAUACAUUAUAA